AUGUCUUUCGAGAAAGGUGAUGAUGAGAUCAGGGCAUAUUUCGAGGAUACGCGUCCUGCUAAAUUAUCCUAUAAUAAUUUCUUGUAUAAAAAUAAAACGUUAAUAAUUGAACAAUCUGACAAAACGCCAGAUGGAAGAAACGAUUUAUGUGACGCUCCUGUAAGAGACGUGGGAACUCCAGCGGGUGACGUUCCCGACGAUUUUGAAGGAGCUUCGGCGAGUGACGUUCUCGUGAUAAUACACGGAGUAUGGGGUGACUUAAAAAAUGAAAAAGCGAGCAGAAAUUUGUGGGUGCAAAUCGAGAAUAUGCAAAGCUCAAGACUGAUUGAAGUCAAACGAAAGGUCGAUUUACGUUCAGUCGACAUUUUUGAUAAGUCUACAACCAGCCAAGGAGAUGAAAUUAUGAAACUUUAUGAUGGUGAUAACCCGAAAAAGAAAUUGAAGAUUACAGCCGAAGACUUUCAGUCCAAUAGCAACGAUACUGAUUUUUUUGAUGAUUUAUAUAUUGAUAACGAAAACAAGGAAGCACCAACUGAGAAGUCAUCAACCGACAUUCAAUAUCCCCCCAUUGAAAGUGAGGAGGAAAUGGAAGAAAUUCAAUACCUUAUCACAAAAAUGGAAAAUAUGAAUCAUCGGCUCUUCGAAUAUCAUAUUGUCAAUCUCUCUGAAAAAAACCUCGCUAAUCCAGUAAAUAAAGUUUUUUCAAUUGACGAUAAAGAAAAAAUGAAAAAAUACUGGGAAGAAAUAGAGCCAUCAGCCGAAGAGAAACGGAAUACAGCACGUCAAUCAAAAUGGGAAAAGACUAUCAAGCCUCUGAUUAAUAAGUAUGCACUUGCCAUUGAAGUGAGGCUGGAGUCAAUUUUUGAUGACGAUGCUCAGCAAUCAUCAACAAAAGUUAUUUUUGAUAGUCCAUUUGAGGACGAAUUUGACUUUAAAAAGCAUUAUGAACUUCUAUGGAUGCAGGAUAUCUAUCAGCGAUUUAUAUUACUAUUCGCCUCAUCUUUCAACAUACUUCGUGAUGCAAAUACAUUGGAGAUAGCUUACAGAGAUUCAUUCGUUAAUCCUAUAAUUCCGAAGGUAUUUGACGACAUGAGUGAUAAGAUUAGCGGAGAAAUAGAGAGUAUUUUACGUAAGCAACAUCAAAAUCAAACAAAUGGCCUAAAGCCCUGUGUAAGUCUUGGGUCAAAACAUGACGGGAUUUUAAAGAUUUAUAUGAAUGCAAGUAAAUUGAGAUUGGGUUUUUGGAAGUGGUGGGAAAUGCAAUGCAAGUGGAACUUACUGGAUACUGUACAGAUAUGGAAAAACUGUUCAAAGGUUUGCGAUUUUCAGAUAUUCUUGUCUCGAAGAAUUUAUGCAGUAAAGCUCAUAGAGUUUGUUAUCUUUGUAGUGAUGCAAAUUUCAAUUUUUUACCAACGUCAGCAUCACUUAGAACGUAAUGCAACAGCAGAACAACUCCUAUGUCUCCAAAGCUUUGGUAUACUCGUAUACCAGCGUGAGAUAACAAUAUAUGCAAUGCACUGUGUCAAAGGAGGAUUGUACGUUGUAGACAUCAUAACAAAUUUUACUAUUCCGGAUAACAAAGAUCAAGUGUACGUGAUAGAUGAAAUCUUAGAGAAAGUAUAUUUCUUUAAGUUACAAGAAAUAUCACGUAAGGCACAGAAACAUUCUUUGUCUGACGAAAAUCCACUGAAAGCGUCACCAUCUAGACGCCGUUAG